AUGGUGGUCUCAUUUCUGUCGUUGCAAGAGCGUCGCAAGCUUCGACUUGUAAGUCGUCGAUGGCUAUUUGCAUGUACUUGGCUGCAGUACAAUGGAAGCGAUGAAAGUGUGCAGCCGAAAAAAUCGGUUUGGAAUCUGUGCAGUCGCGCAUUUCGACACUCUUGGACCACCUUUCUGCGCAUCAAGUCUCGUUCAUUCUUGCCGCUCAUGCUGGAGGCAUUGCCUGCUGCAACAAAAUUAGAAACUAUGGAGCUCAAGAAGGGCUUGUGUUUAUCCACCAAUACUGGGCAACGACCUUCUUUUGAAAACCCACAUGCUCGCAGCGGCUACAUCCAGCAAAAGUUCAAUCGCUGCCGAAAUCUGCCCGACUUGCUCCUGACGAAUGAGCUCAGUGAAUUAAGAUCAAAAAUCUUUAGAAUUAAUCAGCCAGAGCCCUGGAGCAUAGCAAUGUAUGGAGGAGGUCCCGGGUAUGAUGUUAUUGGAUUAGUAUUCAUGCGAGAGCUCUUCCGGGCUACGGAUGUAAACUUUCGUGCUACCGUGUACGACAACGAACUUGGAUGGAAAUACGCAAUCGACGCAGCUAAUCAGACGCUCAUUCAACUAGGCUUUUGCCACGUUUCGUUGAGAUUUGAUCUUUGUGACAUUACACUUGAUUUGGAAGCGGUGGAAAAUAAGUUUGUUUCUCAGUCACUCCGGGCUACCCAACUACAUAUAUUUUCAUUCGUAUGCGUGGAAAACUUUUGCAUACUACAUGACAGUGGCUACGGAAUGAUACGCUCGCUCUUCGCUCAGUGCAGUGCCGGUAGCUAUUUUAUUUUCACAGACUCCACACAUCGAUUGUGGCCUGCUAUUUUUCAGGUGGCCAACACCACGUCACCCGAUAGAUUCCGCAUUUGGACUCCGUACGCUCGUGGUUGCCACUACGCUCUCGUCCUCCAAAAGCUGGCCGAUUAUUCAAGUCCAGCGUUUAAAUACCCAUUUUACUCUCAAGCGAUGCAGAAUCUUGCUCACUUCCAACGACAUCAACAGAAACAGCUUCACACAGCAUGA